AUGACUGUGUCACUGUGCUGUCAGCAGCUCUCGGAGGUAGUUGUACCACUUUAGUGAACCAAUUGUGUUUGGGACUCUUCCAGCUAAGCAUGGGAGGAUGGAGGAUGGCAAGAGAUGAGGAAAUCUCCUGGGGUUCUGAAGACAGCAUGCAGGGCCUGCAGGAGUGCAAGCUGAGGCUCAUCCUGGCAGGGAGGACAGGGGCAGGGAAGAGUGCCACUGGGAACAGCAUCCUGGGCCAGAGGUGCUUCUUCUCCAGGCUGGGAGCCACCUCGGUGACCAGAACCUGCGAGGUGGGGAGCUGCAGGUGGCGUCAGUGGCAGGUGGAAGUCAUGGACACCCCGGACCUUUUCAGCUCCCAAGUCUCCAGGACAGAUCCGGGAUUCCAGGAGCGGGCACGCUGCUACCUGCUGUCGGCACCAGGGCCCCACGCAGUGAUCCUGGUGACUCAGCUGGGCCGCUUCACAGAGCAGGACCAGGAGUCCCUGAGCGCGCUCAAGGACCUGUUUGGGGACCGCGUGACAACCCGCACCAUCGUGCUGUUCACCCACAAGGAGGACCUGGCCGGGGGCUCGGUGCAGGAGUUCGUGCGUGACACGGACAACCGCUCACUGCGGAGGCUGGUGGCCGAGUGCGGGGGCCGCGUGUGCGCCUUCAACAACCGGGCGGUGGGCGCGGAGCAGGAAGCCCAGGUGCAGGAGCUGCUGGGGCUAGUGGAGCGCCUGGUGGGGAACCACCCCAGUGUCCCCUUCACCAACGAUGUGUACCACCUGGCGCAGGCGCUGGUCGGCACGGACCCGGAGGAGCGGAGGCGCAGGGUGGUGCAGAAACUGGCUGGCCACACUCAGGGAUGGCUGGGGCGCAAGCUGCUGGUCUGGCUGUGGGCUUGGAUGCACCCCUGGAAGGUUUGCGCGGCCCCGGUGCUGCGGACGGUGUUUCUCCUGUUCUGCAGGCUGCUCCCCAGACCUCUUCGUGAGAAUCCAGAGAGCCGCAUCCUGUCAGGGACAGACACCUACCAGCUUAGCAAGACACAUUUUUUUUUUCCAGGCAGAGUUAAAGAUAAGCAGUCAGAAUUAUCCUCCUCACUGAGGCUCAUCCUGGUGGGCAGAUCCGGCUGCGGAAAAAGUUCCACUGGGAACAGCAUCCUGUGCCAGCCCAAGUUUGAGUCCAGGAUGUCGGCCCGGGCAGUGACCAGGACGUGCCAGGAGGGCACGGUCACAUGGAACAGGAGGAACAUCCUGGUGGUUGACACACCCUCCAUCUUUGAGGCAAAGGCUCAGAACCAAGAGAUGUACAAGGACAUUGGGGACUGCUACCUGCUCUUGGCCCCAGGGCCCCACGUGCUGCUGCUGGUGACGCAGCUGGGCCGCUUCACUGCCCAGGACAUGGUGACAGUGAGGAGGGUGAAGGAGGUCUUCGGGGCAGGCGCCAUGUGACACGUGGUGGUCCUCUUCACCCACAAGGAGGACCUAGGGGACGAGUCCUUGCAUGAGUAUGUAGCCAACACAGACAACCUCAGCCUGAAGACCCUAGUCCAUGACUGUGGGGGCAGGUACUGUGGCUUCAACAACCGGAACACUGGGGAGGAGCAGAGGGAGCAGCUGGUGGAGCUGAUGGCUGUGGUGGAGAGGCUGGAGGAGGAGCUUGAGGGUGCCUCCUACAGCAACGGCCUCUUCUUCCACACACAGGAGCACAAGAGAAACAGGGGCAGCACCUCUGGAAAGGAGUACAGGCACUACCUGGUCCAGGUAGAAGAGCAGGUUGAAAAGCAAAAGCGAGAGCUGAAGGAGGUGGAGAGUCACGGGCUGUCCAAGGCACUCCGCAGGGUGAAAAAGUGGGUCUGGUCUCACAUUGGGUUAUCUGCAUUUAUUGUGAUAUGCAUUUUGAUUUUUCUUGCUGUUUUGAUUAGCUGGGGUAUUAGUUGUUCGCACUAAACAUUUCCACUGACUCCUACGAUUGGCUUUUUGUUUCCAGACUCGCCAUCUCUAUGUUUGUAAGAUACUUGAUUUGCUUUUUACUUAGUGUCAGGUUCAAUUUCUCUUCCUUGUAUCAGGCAUGCCCAAGUGCUUACAGAGAAAUAAAACCC